CUUUCCCCCUCCCAUAGUGAGACGGAGGAGCACUUCACGUUUGUCCUGACUGAUCUUGAGGGUCGCUAUCGGUUUGGAUUCUGUCGAUAUCCUCCCAAUAGAGAGAUGUGUAUCUGCAUCAUCAGUGACUUUCCCUGGUACAAGGUGUUCUAUCGCUCCCUGGACAAGAUCUCUGACCUUCGACUGGACCAUCAAGAUGAGCUGGUAGAGCCGUUCCUAGCUGGACUACGGAAACACCCCCUCCCCUCCCUGGGCAUGGACACUGUACUCAGUGUGGUGCCUGAGGGCAUAGAGACUGGUCAGGUGUACACAUUUCCUCUGCCCAAUCCCAAGAAGUUACCAGAGAUCCCCACUGACGAUAACUUCACUCAGUUCUACUCCAACCUUCACUACAAUGUCAUCCUGCACCUGUUCUCAAACCUGAUAUUUGAACGAAGAAUCAUCAUCACCUCCAGUAGUCUAAGCCUGCUAUCUGCCACUGUACACGGAGUGGUGUCCCUCAUAUAUCCACUGCGUUGGGAGCACAUCUUCAUCCCGAUCACCCCUCCUCACCUACUGGACUACUGUGCUGCCCCCAUGCCCUUCCUCAUGGGAAUACACUCUUCAUACAUGGACCUGGUUCGGCGGAUGCCCAUUGAUGACGUAGUUCUGUUAGAUGUUGACGAGAGUACAAUGGAGUCUCCUCAUGUGGAGGACCUGGAAGCCCUACCCUCGGAGGUGGUGUCUGAGCUCAAGCAUGUCCUCAAGAAACAAGCCUCAGCGUAUGGGGACACUGUGGCGAGGUCCUUCCUUAGGGCACAGGUGUCCAUGAUUGGAGGAUACAGGAGUGCCCUCAAGCUGAGACCAGGGGAGAAAGAUGUUCACUUUGAUGAGGAACAGUUCCUACAGUCUCGUCCCAACUCUGAGGAGUUUCUGGAGAAGCUGCUCCAUUUCCAACACUUCCGCCAGUUCAAACCGCCAUACCUAUUCAUAGCCAUACCAUAUUUGGUUCACUUUAUUGUCGUCGUAUGUAGCAUAACCAUGAUUAUAUGCACAACUAAUCACACUCUCUUUCUGUUUGUUUUUCUGCAGGCAAAGAUCGUAUGGAAGAGACUGGACUCCAAGCACCAACAUCAUGGUCAUCCUCUGCCUCAUGGGAAGACUCACUCGCUGCCCAUGAAUAAGAGAGCCAGUGAGGGGGGAAUCCCUCGACCCAUGGUUAUGACCCCGCCCCCUAUCCUCACUGGAUCAUCACUCGGCAAGGUCCACCGCAAGCCUCCCUCAGUGAUCCCCUACCACAGACACAAAGAGGGCAAACAAAAACUGGCCGAGAUACUCAAACUACAAAACUUUGGAGAGCCUAAGACAGGCAAUCUUGUCACCCCACCGGGAACACCAAGGUCUGUUGCCAGUGGCGACCAGUCAGAACGAGUAUCGCUUGACAGCAGGGGCUCAACAGACAUCAGCAUACAGUCUGGGGAGGUCGCCAUUGGAAACCUUAUAGACAUCUCAUCAUCACCAACCUCUGUGCUUCUGCCCCAGUCUGACACUGACUCAGUAUCCUCGGCCAGCACCAGUGAUAAUGACAUCCCCAUCAUCAUCAAUUCACAGCCACAUUGGGAGACCUUUGAUGAUCUGGACACACAAUGCCCACCACCGCCACCUCCCCGGGAAGAACUGCAAAAGCCACUGGAGACACCAGAAAUAAGUCUGGAGCAAUCAACCACUCCUGUCAAUCUGCUGUCAGAGUCUCUAGGCAGUAAUAAUCCUUUCGGUGAUUUCGAUUAUGAGGCUUCCCCUGACGGUCCUCAGAUUCAGUCAGAAUUGAUUUUUAACUUGACAGAGUCGAACCUCGAUAAUGGGAAAGCAAGGACUGGGGAAAUAGACCGGCAAGGCGGACCCUCACCGUUUGAGUCGCUUCAUUUGGGUGCAAGACCCGUGUCCCCAUUCGACGAUUUCAGCUCCUCUGUUGCUCAGGCCCUCAUGACCAAUUCUCAAACAUUUGAAGACCCCUCAGCAGUCAACGCUCUAAUAAACACAAGCCAAGAUCUGUCGACAGUUAUCGAAGAAGAUGAAAACAAUCUGAUUCUUUCGAAUGCAUCGGCUCUGAUUGAAACCCAGUCCCCUGAGUUACCACAACCUCUUAUUCCCACUACCACAACAGCAGCCACUACACAAGAUAUUACAACAGACCUGAUACGCAGUCAAGCAGAGACAAACCUACAUGUACGAAAGGGCAGUGCUCCUGGAAUGAGUUCAGCCAUUGCUAGCCCCUACGGCUAUAAUCGUGGAUCCUCCAAUUCUCCCAAUUUCCAAAUGCAGGCUUCUGGUAUACAGGGCACACACACACAGUACUCUAAUCCAUUCUACAACUAUGGAUACCAACACAUGACCUACAGUAGCAAAGACUUGAAGAGACCCGCUGGACCAAGAUCUCCGAAGUUUGCUCAAGAUAUUCCAUUAUCCAUACCACAAGUACCACUGAACUAUCAAAAGAAACGGCUACCACCGCCGCCCAAACCACAGCCUUACUCGAGAGCACAAGCAACACAGUCGGGAGUGAACAAAGAUGAUCCUCUGUUGCAAAGAUUGUCAAGUAUUGGAGAAUUUAACCCAUUUGAGAAUAUACUGGGAAACGUAGGAAUGGAAGAUUAUGUUAAAAGAAAUACAAACAAAGAGACACCUCUAGUAUGAUAGGACAUGCAGCUUUAGUGAGUGGAGUGAUUUGCAUUUUCAACCUUUUUAUUGCUCGUGUAUUCGUCGUGUGGUGCAUAGUUCGUGUUUUCCUUCAAUGAUGUUAUUAUUAGGCCUGUUAA